CAAAGCAUUUUCCCGUUAUACCACCGACUUUAAUUUCCCUUAAUUUUCUCCCACAUAUAUAUACACCCCCACCAUAACCAACAAAAUGUGAGAGACCACCACAAAAACGAGAGAGAGAGAGAGAGAGAGAGAGAGAGAGGGCAAAGAGAGGGGUGUGGGGAGAAUUAGGGCUAGGGUUUGCAGAAAGCAGAAAAGCGCCAUUUGUUUUUCCCUUUCUGCGGCCCUAAAAAAAUCCCCUAAUUUUCUCCCCCCCAUGGUAUCCACCGCGGAAACCACCCCAGACGUCUCACCAAAAUACUCCGACGACGAAAUGCACGACAUGUUGUUCGCCCGACGCGGCUGUUGUCACUGGAACAUCCCCAUCUUCUCCAGCGUCGUCGGAAACUCGAACAACGCCGCAUCGGGACCCUCCUCGAUCUUUAAGUGGGAACGGAUAUCGAAUUCGUCCCCGGAGAAGGAGGAGGAGAGCGCGUGGUGGCUGAGCGCGUUCAAGAAGUUGAGGGAGUGGUCGGAGCUCGUGGCCGGGCCGAGGUGGAAGACGUUCAUACGGCGGUUCAACAAGACCCGCGGCGGUUGCUGCGGGAUGAGGAAUGGUAAAUUAUUCCAGUACGAUCCCCUCAGUUACGCCCUCAAUUUCGACGAUGGGGUGGGGCAGAACGGUCAUUUUGAUUUCUCGUCGAGGUACGCGGCGAUUCCGGUCUCGGCCAAGUCGUCGUUGGAUCUGGGGACGGACACGCCGGUGUUCAGGUGAGCGAGGAGUUCGCUUUUGUCGGCGGCGAACGUGGGUCGCGGCGGCUGCGGCGAUGAGGAACGAGGAGGAUGGACGGAAUUGAGAAAUCAUUCGGUGGUUUUGACUUUUGUUUUGAGGCCCCACAUAGGGUCAGGUCGUCUGGAUUGUAUGGGAUGUUUUUUUUUUCUUUUUUCGUUUUUGUUUUUUGUUUUUUGUUUUUUUUGUUGAGAUUUUUUUAUUCUUUUAAAUUGAGGGGUUAAAAACAAAACCUUAGUUUUGGGACCUGCGUUGCAUAAAGGAGGGCGAAUGGAUGGUGUCUUGGGGGCUGUAGGUGAAUGGUUCAUGUUUCAUUGAUUGAUUGAAUAGUUGUUGUGUUAAUAUAACAAUAAUAAAAAUCUUGCCCAAA